GAGGCAGAAGGAAAGCAACGGAACAUUCUAAGGGCUGUUCUCCAAUCAAGUUGAAUCACUUACCUCGUGAUAGACUCCAGCAGCGGAUCUCCUUUGCCGAAGUUACGCAAAUGAAGCGAGCUGCACAGGCGCUGCGGCGGUUUCCGAUGGCGCGUGGUGACCGGACAUCGCGCAGCAGUGAAUCGCAUGCCUUUCUCGCCGUCGGGGCUUCGCUGGGUGUGGGUGGCGCGUCGCUGAGUACUAGCUCGACCUCCCUGCCACAGAAGCCUCGCAGCAAGGAGCCGUACGUGUCGAUGCCCGCGUCCUCGGACGUGCAGCGGGCAUUCUUCACCUUGCUUCGACAGCGCUUAUGCAACCCUGCACACCCACUGCCGGCUCGCAACGUGUACGACGAGCUGGCCAACCGAUCUCGCGUUGUCGAGGAGUUCCACUUCUCCAAGACAAACCGGCGCAUCUCCCACCAGUGCCUCGCCUUGGCUUUUCUCCGGCGGUACAACGUGCUGCUGCACAGUCUUCUCUUCUUUUCGGAGAACACGCAGACGUGGAACACGACGAGCGAGUUUCAGCGGCUGGCGCUCUUUGGCGAGUCCAUAUUGGCUGCCGAGGUGCGUGGACGUCUGCUGAAGCUUUUCCCCGACAUCCCCUACUCGGUGUUGGUGCAGGCGUUACCCGCCAUCGUGGGAGAGGAGGGCCUGUGCUUUGCGUUUGAUCGCUACGACCUGAAAGCGAUCGUCGGCGCAAAGCCGCAGGAGAAGCAACGACGCGGCAAAUUCACAGCAGAGCAGCAGUGCCACAUGUUCUGCGCCGUGAUUGGCGAGAUGUACUGGUUCGUGGCGCGCACCCGACCGACGGACCGCACGCACAACAACGCCCUCUUCCCGCCCUCUGAUGUCCUCAUCCUCCAUGUACUCUGCUCUCACCUGUUGGAGUGCAUACCGGCAGAGUUGAUCUACCGCCUGUUGGAGCCCGUCAUCGCAGACAUGAAGCGUGUGUGGGUGAAUGAGCCGAUGUCACUGCCGUCACAGCUGCGGCUGGUCCCGCGCACCAUCGGCACUCUUUCUCUCAACACCGUACCUGUUCCCAACCCCUCCUCCACCUCCUUCGCAGCUGAGGCGAGGGACACUGCCUUUCUUAACGUGAGGCACAAGGAAGCUCAGUCGGUACGACGAGCGCUGACGAGUGCUCCCGAGACGACAUUCGUGAAGUCCUUCAUGCAGCCAACGUGCAACCACCGCAAUUUUGACAGUCCGCAUUACCAAAUUCUGGAGAAGGACGACGUGAUGGAGAAGUGUGUGCUGUCCACCACGCCGCGGCAACGAUCCCAAGACGGCAGGAGGACGUUUGACAGCGAGGCAGCAAACAUCGCUCGUGCCAUGGAGCUCGCAAAGCUGGCAGUGCAGACGUAA